CAACUUUUCUAAAUUCGUUGUUAAAGUUAUACAACCUAUCCUAUUGAAGUCAUACGUUUACAUUUUUUUCUGUAUUUAGAUUAAAUGUAUCGCCGCUGGAUCUCAUUAACCUUCUGAUUCUUUCGGUCGGAAAUCAAAUAUUGUAACUUUUAUGUUAUGAUAUUUAUCUACUAUGGAUUAUUAACAAUAUAUACACUGGUCUCUUCCUAGUAAAGAAAAACCCGACGGAGGAAUAGGUAACCAGACACCAUGACUUCUGAGCUGAACUCCAUCAAUAUGAAAUCCGCUGACCUUAUUAAAAAGGAGCCUCUGGACUACGGCGGUUUCGGUACCGUGUACCUUUGCUAUCACAAAACCCUAGGUCAAGUGGUUCUGAAAACCGUCUACACCGGGCCACCGCGCAAUGAUGGCAGUAAGCAAUCACUGCUAGAGGAGGGUAGCCUGAUGAAAAGUUUGAACCACGAGAGGGUGGUCAAGCUCCUGGGAGUGAUCCUGGAGGAUGGGGACUACUCUCUGGUGAUGGAGCUUAUCCCUAAAGGCAAUCUGUUGGCUAUGCUGGACCGGGUCACUGUGCCGAUAUCAAUUAAGGGCAGGAUCAUAUUGGAGAUUCUGGAGGGCAUGGUGUACCUUACGAAGAACCAUGUCAUACACAAAGAUCUUAAACCAGAAAACAUACUGGUGGACAAAGAUUUUCACAUCAAGAUUGCAGACCUGGGCCUGGCCACCUGUCAGAACUGGAGCAGGCUGACUAAGGAGGAGUCUCGAAGGCAGAGCCGGCUGGGGCGGACCGGGGCCUCGGGGGGCAGGGCAGCCGGUACUCUGUGCUACAUGGCUCCAGAGCACCUGGACAGCAUCAACACACGAUCCUCUGAGAAGUCUGACGUCUACAGCUUCGCUAUUGUCGUUUGGGUCAUACUUGCCGGCAGAGAGCCGUAUGAAAAUGCCCGUGGUGAGGACCACAUCUGCCAGUGUGUCCGUAAAGGAGAUCGUCCUGAUGAAGACUUGAUCCCUGAUCACACUCCUUUAGAGAUCAUAGAGCUAAUGAGGAACUGUUGGCAUCAGGAUCCACAACUACGCCCAACAUUUGAAGAGGGCUACAACUUCUUCCUUCCUGUCUACAGACAGAAGUUCGAGUCUGAUGUAGAGAAGGACUCUCAGGGCCUCAGAGAUCUUUAUGAUGGGCCUGAGGAGCUGGUGGAGAAGAUAAAAUGCUUUGUCAUGUCCACUGAGAGCGACAGAGCAGAUCGGCCAGCUCCCUUGGUGAGCUCAGACGGUCAGGGUGUAAAUAUCGAGGCUGAACCGGUGGAGGCCAGCAUUGAUGACCUCCUCUUCAUCCCCUGUGAACCCUCCAUAAUUGAGUCAGAUGCCCGGUGCCUAGUCCCUGCUCUCAGCCCUUCGUGCUUAGACCAAAAACCUUUCCGCCGCCCCUCAGACCUGGAUGUCAAGCUUACCCAAGAGUGGGAGUACCACAAACACGGUAGCUACAGCCGUGUGGACCAGGUUGACUCCAGACCCUGCCCUCACCCGGCCGCCCCGCAGCGCCUCAGCUCACAGGACCCCAACGCUGCCAGAGGCCUCCAGGAAAACAGGCUCUCACAGUGCUUCCCGUCCCCGGCGUCCUCUGUUCUGUCCUGGAGCAAAGCCCUUCCCGUCCAGCCCAGCAGCGUGGAGAUGGAACCCUACCCCUCUCUCACUCACGUAGGCCUGUACGAGGCUGCAGCCGCUCCCUCCGCCGCUACACCCAGACGCCAGCUGUCCAGCCACCUGCCGGAGUCUUCCAGUAGCCCCUCCCAAAUCCAGGGCCUGUCGUCCCCUCAGCUGUUUCCCUUCACCCAGCACGACCACCCCCCGUCCUGGACAGCCUACCCAGUGUCAGAGUCGGCUGCCCCAGACCUCACUGCCGGGCUGCACCUGAACUCAGGUGUCAAGGUUGGACCGUCACAAGAUUCAGGAGGCCUGUUCAUCCAGAAUGCCAGUGGGAUCCAAAUAGGCAGCAACAACACACUGAGCAUCGGGGGGCGUGAGUCUUACAGCAGCUCAAGCAGUUCACUCACCAAUGGGAACAGCCCACAGUCUCUGUUCAAAGAGACCCUGCAGUUUUAUGAGGACCAUGCAGUGACUGAGGAGCACUUUGAACUACUUCGGCAGAACAUCGGGAAGGAGUGGAAGCGCUGCGCCCGGCGCCUGGGCCUGAGCGAGGUGGAGGUGGACACCAUCGACCACGACUACUUUCGCGACGGGCUGCCUGAGAAGGUGCACCAGAUGCUGGAGCUCUGGAGGAUGAAGGAGGGCUGCGUGGGUUGCACCGUGGGCCGGCUCUGCAGAGCCCUGGAAAACUGUAUUAAAGUAGACCUGGUGAAGAAGCUUCUGCACAUGUGCAGGACCACUGCCAACUCUUCAUAGAUACGAUACACAAUCUGUGUUCCCCCACUGACUUUGAACCACUUACUGUGAGGUAAUCUGUUUUGAAUUUUCCUGCCAUAAGAUAUUAGUGUAAUCUCAAAGACACAGUGGCAACCCCAGUUCAAGUUUUGACUUUUAACAUGUUGGAGCGUUCGAACAGUUCUAGUGCCUCAACAUUACAGAGCCAUCACCAAACACUCAACCUCGUAAAAGUCUGCUGGUACCAUUAUAUAUAAUCAACCUAUUUCUAUAUGCGGUCACUGCACAUGGAAAAAGAAUGAGCUAUUGAUUUAAUAUUGCUUAUAAGAUUGCACAGGGAACCCUCUAGCUUGUAUAACAUGGUAGAUUACUAAAUAUGAAUGUUAAACAUAAACAAAUAGGCCCGAAACAUUACAUUGAAUUGCUUUGUAUUUCAAAAAUAUAAAAAACCAAAUAAUUUCUUUUUUAUAUUAAUAACUUAAAACUAAAUGAACCUCAUUUAUUAACUUCCAUGGAAUAAUGGUAAAUUGUCUUUCAAAAUGGUGCAAGUCGUUCCAGUAAAGUGAACUUUAAGAACAAUGAAUAAAAUGAUUUGUAUUGCUUAUGAACAUAGUCAAUGACAUUAUAGAAAUCAGCUCCUAGCCUUUUGAAUCAACCAAAGUCAUUCAAAUGAACAAUUACAUCUAAUUGAUUUGUUAACCUCUGUGUCUGUUCUACUAUAAAUACGUGUUUAUCAUCAGGGCCAGCUUUAACCUUUUUAGGAAGAUGUCAUUUGGGGCCCCCUCCCCUAGCGGUCGGAGCCCCGUAGCAUUCCGGAGACCUAAGCAACCACAUAUGUGGCUCACGCUUAGAACCGGCCCUGUUGCACUGCUUUCAUUGAUGUGACCUGCAUCAAAUUCUCCGUUCUAAAUAUAUUUUUAUAAUGCUGACCUUUUCUUAGCGAACGUAAAAAACUAAAAGCGGUUUGACAAAACACUGAGCUGGAGCACAGAGUAUGAACCCUGCAAGUGACAAUGUGUAGGACUCCUGCUGCCAACUGUUCCAAUGAUAGGGGGUUGGGGUAUUUUUUUAAUGUUUUCAUAUGUGUGUUUGUCUUCACUAGCAAUAUCAAUUACCUGCAUUCAUUACUGCAGCCUGCAUCCAAUUAUCAGUUAUAAACAUUGUAUUCCGCCUGGCUUGAUCUACUUUUCUAUGCGAAGGUAAACAGCCAUGGUUCGGACCAAUCACCCGAAGGACCAUUGUAGAAAUCGCGCUGCAAACCGUUAGACUGAUCAAUACAGUUGAACUAGUCGCUAAAUAGACUUGUUACUCUCUAGUCUGUAAAAAGUCAUACGAAAAGGAAGAAUCGGUCACGAACUGCACAUCACUAGUGACACAUGAGAUUCAGAGAUUUCUUGUGAAAAGGCAGGGUUUGCAACUUCUGCUUCUCUUUAAGCAUAUGGUUGGCCGUAGUGCUAUGGUGAAAAAAAGGUGGAAUAUGAUAAUACAACAUGUAUCAUAUUAGCAGCAUUGUACAGCAUUUAUGUCUGGUUCUUUCCAAACUCUCCACUAAUUUAACACCUCUAAUGAAGAAAUUAAUAUUUCUUGAUUUUAAGAAUCGAUUUCAGAUUGUCCCAACAAGAAUCCCAAUUAAUCAUUUAUUUUUUUACCCAUUCAUUAUUAGAAAGUUAAGAUUAGUUAUCCCCAAAAAACCCAGUCAGUAUAGCUCCGUAAGGUCAGAACAAAGAGACAGCUUUAUUUGUACAACCAGCAGUGACGUGACCAACAUAUUAUUGCGGUUCUCAAGCUAUCCAAUAGAGGUCAGCAGACUGUGUUACUGUAGUAAUCAUGGAGCACAGAUUCUUGGAAAUUCUUUAUCGCAUGAGAAGCAUGUUAAGAAAUAUGCUUCUCAUUUCUUAACAGUUUGGUUUCCCAAGUGUUUGGCAACCAAAACAUGAACUCAUAUUAACAAGAGGCAAUUACCCAUUGGACAGGGAAACUGUUAUCAAUGUUCCUCUGUUAUUAAAACCCCUUUCUCUGGGCUAGUUUAAAUUACAUGUUGUUCUAUGUUUGUGAUAUAGAUCAGCAGUCAAGCUCUGCAGGUCUCUCAGCUGCCUUAAUGUUUGUAUGGACUUAUGGAUGUUUAUGUAAAUGGGAAUUUGUAUCGGUGCAUGUUUUUUUGUUAAAUAUUCCGGUAAUGUGGACAAAUGCAGUUAGUGUGCGUCCGUGCGCACAACAGCACUUCAAUGUUUGUGUGCAUUAAAGUGACCUGUCUCGAGAGCUGAUGUUGGCAUUUUUCACUGCCUUUGUAAAUAAAGUAUGUUCAAGAGAA